AUGAGCACAAAUGCAGUCUAUGGACCACUGCAAGCUAAUCCACCGGCGUUGAAACCCUGGCUGAACACCAAAACUGGAGCCCCUGCCAACCCAACCGAUGUGUCCCGCGGUGUCUUUGGUGCCACUGUAGGCAUUAAUCGUCUGCUGAGGCUUUGGGACAAAUACGACAUCAAGACAACGUGGUUCAUACCAGCACAUUCUGCGGAGUCUUUUCCGCAUCAGAUACGCAAAAUCGUCGAAAAUGGACAUGAAAUUGGGCUACACGGCUACACACACGAAUUCGUCUCCCUUUUGAACGAACAACAGCAACGAGACGUUUUGGGAAAGAGCAUACAGGUCUUGACAGACAUUGCAGGCAAGAAACCGCGCGGCUGGACUGCACCUGCCUGGAGCACGAGUAGGGAGACGAUCAAGCUCCUCGAAGAGUUCGGAAUUGAGUACGAUCACUCCUUCAUGCAUCAUGACUCUCAGCCCUACUACGUUCCUUCCCCGCACCUCAGCACAUGUACAGAAACCGACGUAUCAAAGCCAGCUUCUCACUGGAUGAAGCCCAUGUCAACACUGAAGCCAUCCACAGUCGUGGAGAUACCUGCAAAUUGGCAUCUGGAUGAUUGGCCACCUUUCCAGCUCUCACUAACACAGCCAAGCACGCAUGGCUUCGUCGAUACCGCGGUCAUCGAGCGCUUGUGGAAGGAACAAUUCGAGUUUCUGUAUCGCGAAUGUCCUGAUGACGGAAGCUUCAUCUUCCCAAUCAGCAUCCACCCGCAGGUGAGCGGUAAACCACAAGUCAUCUUACUGCACGAGAGGCUCAUCGAGUGGAUCAACGGACACGAAGGGGUAGAAUGGGUCACUAUGGAGCAAAUCGUUGAUGAGUUCAAAAGCGGCAAUCUGAGCGGCGCGACCAUAGAGGGUGGGGCGGACGUGUAA